UAAAAAUAGCCUUUCGUCUUCAGCCGAACAAUCCCCCUUUAUCUCGUUCUUUGUAUUGCCUGUGGUGCUUCAGCCUCAAGCGCCCAUACACAUCGAUCGUCUUCGUUGUCCGAGUCGCGGGGCCCUCGAACGCCGCAGUAGCCAGCCAAGAGACCGGAGAACCCCCCUGCCUGCGACUUCGUGUGCGUCGGGAACAAGGGGUGCGCUUACCACGAAGGUGCGGAGAGAGUGUAGAAGUUGAUGGCCGUGAGAAGUUCUGAUGCUAACGCCGUCACACAGACGCCAGCGGAGACGAGGAAAGCCACUGGCGGGCGAGACGUCCCUGAGUUUAUCCCCGCGCCACCAGCCAAGAAGAGGAAGCGACGCGACGAUAUGCCGCGCAUCUGGCUCCGUCUCGAGCUGUUCGAGCUCGGCCUCGUGCCGUUGCCGUCGAAAUACGCAGCCUCACUCACACUAGGCAACGUUAAGAAGGCGCUAGAUGCGCUUCAUAACAAGAUCCAGGCAGCUAAUGGAGAGGCCGCAGACGCAGCAGCUGGAGACGACGCCGUCAUGCUGGACACGGAGGGAUCUUACACGGAGAGCGACAAUUUGAGUUCCGUCACGUUUGCGGUCUGGAAAGACGCGGUGGAGAGCAUUUUCCAGUGGAGAGAACAGGACUACAAGGCCUUCUGGUUGUUGCUCGUGCAGUUCCAUCGCAUGAUCCCCGUCAAGAACGAAAACCUGGACUGUACAGCCCCGUUGGAAGGAGAGCAGUCGCUCUCUCGAGAGGAGGUGCCUGUAUUUAAGAUGGCUAUUUUCCUGUUCAUUCAGACGGUCAAGCCGCACUCGUGGAGGUCGAAAUACUCGCUGGACUCGUACAAUGCAGUGUGGUAUCGCGAACAUGCCGAGAGUUUGGCUGCAGCUGCAGCACUGGAGACUGCGGGGGCUGUGGCUGCUGCUACAGCGCCCAAAUCGCCGAUUAUGGGCGCUCUUGGAUCCCCACUGAUGAGAGGCAGCGCUAGUCCGCCGCCUCCACAAUCUCCACACACAGUGGGCAUGGCAGACCGCUCGACUGCCGAUUCGUAUUACUUGUCAUUUGUUCGUGAGAAGCUGGAAGAUUUGUUUGGAUUACUGUACCCGUCGGUGGAUCUAAAGGACGAAUCUCCGACGGUCGUGAGCGCUGAUCAGAUCGAUUUGUUGGGUUUCUUGCUGUGCUUGGGAGAUGUGAGCCUCGUAGACAAGAACCUGAAGCUGAGUUCUUGCUAUCCGACGUGGGAACAGGCCGACAAUACUGAUGCUAUGGCGGAGACUGACGCUGCGCAAGAUUUUACGCCUCACGUGGAGAAUGGAGCUAAAGUUUGCCGAUUUUACAAGACCCACUUGUCACUGAACGAGAAAAUGUAUCCACCUGUGGGGUUCUCUGUGGCUCCUCCCACGACAGCUCAAAACAACCUCUCAACUAUUUCACCACCUGCCUUUUCCCUGAACGAUGACUUUUCGUUGGAUGGAAGUGCAGAUAUGUCUAGUGUUCAAGAAGAAACGACAGGCCGGCCUACCAUUCUAUCACAGCUGAUGAAGACGACGGUGAUCAAGCGCGCAGACGAGUUCGCGGUGUCUGAAGACAGCGGCCAACGCCCGGACGUCCUCAUCUUCUCGUGCCAAGACUCGUACAUCUACCUCCUGGGACCUGUUCGGAAUGUGACGAUUUCAGCGUGCAAGAACUGCCGUAUCAUCACAGCACCGAACACGGGAAUUUUGUCGAUGGAACGCUGUGAAAAUGUACAGCUCACGUCACUUUCUGGUCUCAUCCGCGUCAGCAACUGCCUGGACACUCGUCUCAACGUAUACACAUUGUCUCCGAUUAUUGUGAGCGGCGAAAACGUCGGCGUGAUUCUGGGACCCUACAAUACCAAGUAUGUUGGUUUGAAGCAGCAGUUGUCCACAGUACCGUUCCUGUGGAAUGCCGAGUCACAAGGCAGCUGGAACAAGUUUUUAGACCUGGACAGCGAUAAAGACAGUAUGAACGACACAGAAAAGCCUCCAGUUUCUCUUCAGGUGCCCGAGACUUUCCGCGAUGUGUGUGUUCCAGUGAAGCCGGCAGCAGGAGCUGGCCCUGCUGAGCGGCCAUUCCCGAUCCCGCCCGAGUACGUCGCUGCAGUGAGGAAGCAGUACGAGACGGUGGAGUCGCUGCGGCAACUAGUGACCAGCGACGAGUUCGACCUCACGAAGAAGCGCACGAUGGAAGUGGUAAUCCAGCUCAAGUUCAAGGAGUGGCUGUCGUCCACCAGCAACGUUAGGCAGAUCCUGGACCUCGUCCACCUCGAUCGCGUGAAUGGAGAUCCUGCCAGCAAGGAGUCGUAGCUUUAGACGCAGCCAGCAAAGAGAAAAAAAAACGCGAGUACCGUGAUACCGACGACUAUACUAGAUAGAGAUCCUUCCGAUCGCCUCUCACAUACAGACAGAACCUCGAGGAGAUCGCCGUAUUGGCGAAACUCAAUGAAUGUUGCAGUUGUUGCUGAA